AUGGAGGGGAACCUGGUUUGCACGCAGGCUUUCGUCCUGCCCCUGCCACCCACAGGAACAAUGGAGGACGAUAACACGGCUGAAUUUUAUAAACAGAAGAGAUCGAGAGUGAAGAGCUGCUCUCUGGAUGUCCACCCGACUGAGAAAGCCCUCGUGGUUCAGUAUGAGGUGGAGGCCACCAUCUUGGGCGAGCUGGGGGAUCCGGUGGUUGGAGAACGCAAGGAGUGUCAGAAAAUGAUUCGCCUGAAAAGCUUGAACGCCCACACGGACACGUCCUCUCUGGCUCGGAAGGUCGUGGAGGAAUGUCGGCUGAUUCACCCGUCAAAGCUCCGCGAGGUGGAGCAGCUGCUCUUCUAUUUGCAAAACCGCAAACAUUCAAACGACAACCAAGAGAAGAAACGCAUCUCACCUCGAGACUUCACACCGUACGCCGGAGUGGAGCUGGACGAGGAGGCGAGCAUCAACAGCAUCGAUGAGUAUGUGGAGCUGCUGUACGAGGACGUUCAGGAGAAGAUCAGAGGGGCUACGCUCAUCUUCCACCUGGCUCGUAACCCGGACAACCUGGAGGAACUCAUACAGAACGAGAUGGCGCUCGGAGCCCUGGCCAGAGUUCUGAGGGAGGACUGGAAGCAGAGCGUGGACCUGGCAACAACCAUCACCCACGUCUUCUUCUGCUUCUCCAGUUUCUCCCAGUUCCACGGCCUGGUCACACAUUUCAAGAUUGGGGCCCUGUGUAUGAAUAUCAUUGAGCACGAGCUGAAGAGGUACGACCUCUGGCAAGAAGAACUACAGAAGAAAAAGAAGGCCUAUGAAGAAUUCUCUGAGAACCAAAACUUGAAGAAGGAACACGAGAAGUCUUUCAGAAAGUACCAGAGCCUUCUGACCAAGCAGGAGCAGCUUCUCAAAGUUGCUCUGUGUCUGCUGCUGAACCUGGCUGAAGACACCCACACGGAGCUGAAGAUGAGGAACAAAAACAUCGUCCACAUGCUGGUGAAGAUCCUGGACCGGGAGGACGAGGAGCUGCUGCUGGUGGUGGUCUCCUUCCUCAAGAAGCUCUCCAUCUUCAUGGAGAACAAGAAUGACAUGGCGGAAACCUUCGCCGCGGAGAAGCUGGCCCGGCUGGUUCCCUGCGAGCACGAGGACCUCCUGAGCACCACCUUACGCCUUCUGCUCAACCUCUCCUUCGACACGUUGCUGCGCAGCCAGAUGGUCCAGACAGGACUCGUUCCCAAACUCUCCUCGCUGCUCGCUGACGAGGGCCAGAGACAGCUCAGCAUGUGCAUUCUGUACCACAUCAGCGUGGACGACAGAUUCAAGUCCAUGUUUGCCGACACAGACUGCAUACCGCAGCUGAUGAAGAUGGUGUUCGACUCUGGGGAGGAGAAGAUGGAUGUUGAGCUCAUCUCACUCUGCAUCAACCUGGCUGCCAACAAGAGCAAUGCUCAGGUCAUCUGUCAGGGUAACGGUCUGAAGAUGCUGAUGAAGCGCGCUGUAAAGCUGAAGGAUGUUUUGGUGAUGAAGAUGAUCAGAAACCUUUCUCAACACAACGGACCCACCAAGAGCCUCUUCCUGAACCAUGUUGGUGACCUGGCAGCUCAGAUCAGUGAAGAGGAGGCUGAGGAGUUUGUGAUCGAGUGUUUGGGCACGCUGGCCAAUCUGACCAUCACCGACCUGGACUGGGCGCUGGUUCUCAAGGAGUACAACCUGGUGCCAUACCUAAAGGACAGACUCAAACCAGGUUCUGCUGAGGAUGACCUCAUUCUGGAGGUGGUGAUCAUGAUUGGCACUGUGUCCAUGGAUGACUCUUGCGCAGCCAUGCUGGCCAAGUCUGGCAUCAUUCCUGCUCUCAUUGAGCUGCUCAAUGCCCAACAAAAGGACGACGAGUUUGUGUGUCAGAUCAUCUACGUCUUCUACCAGAUGGUUUUUAACAAAACUACCAGGGACGUCAUCGUCAAAGACACGCAAGCGCCAGCUUAUCUCAUCGACCUGAUGCAUGAUAACAACGCAGAGAUCCGCAAAGUCUGCGAAAACACGCUGGAUAUCAUCGCUGAAUACGACGAGGAGUGGGGAAAGAAGAUCCAGACCGAGAAGUUCCGCUGGUACAACGGUCAGUGGCUGGAGAUGGUGGAGAACCGCCUGAUGGACGAAGCGGGAGAGCCCUUCCUGUACGGCGAGGACGCAGAGUCCUUCAUCGGGAAUACAGACAUGAUGGAGAGACCCGACCUGUUCUACAGCGCCGAUGGGAUCAUCUCCGCAGAUGGUGCCAUCAGUCCUGAGUUCUUCACCGACUUCCAGAACGGAGAGCUGGGACCAACUGGGUACAUGAGCAGUGUGUCAGAGCACUUCGUCCCAGCGGAUCGACCCGUCAGCGCCUACGGCUUCCGCCCCGACGAACAGUUUUUCUACAACUACAGCACCGCCUCCCGGUAAACCUGGACCCCCUUACUCUCUCACUACUACUACUACUACACACUACAGACAUGUCCCUGUUGUUCACUGUGUGCUACUAAAGCUGGGUCUGUUCUUUAUUCAUCACUGCAGUGAUUCAUCUCGUAGUCAAACAAUGUGAAGUUUUUAGUCAGAAUUUCUAGAAUCUUUUUCUUGAUGUUAAAGCAGCAAAUGUAAUCGGUCUUAUUUGAAUAAACUCAUUCAGGGACAAUUCCUGAAACAAGGAACCUGCGCAGGGAACAAGUGAAGAAAUGUGUUGUUUCGAGAAUAUUAAAUCCUUUAGAAACUUUAAACUAUUUUGUGUUCAGCGUUAGAUUUUAGUUUGAUUCAGGUGACUUUGUUCAAACAGUUUAAAGGUGACUUUGCUGAAGUGGUUCGAGAACACAUGCUGUGGAACACAGCUUAAUAUUUUCUGAUGAUAAACUGUUUUACAGCCGAAUGUUUCUUUUUUUAACCAGUCUGCCUAAAAAAAGAAAACAGCAAAAUGAAUGAGUGAGUUCUGGAAGAUAAGUCUGGUGUUAUUCUUAUUAUAGUUUUUGUUCUUGUCUUUAAAUCUGUGCAGACCCGAACCAACAGAGUGUAGCUCCUGUCUCAGUACUGUCUGUGGCUCUCAGCUCACCGGUUCCCACUAGUGGCCCAGUAAAACAUAACAACUGUGCAUUUUGCAAUAAAAGCAGCACAUUUGGAACAGAUGAAGAUUCAUAUCUUAUGACCAUUUCUCAAAAUGGCUGCCAAAUAGGUGCUUAGAUAUUCCUGAAUUUUAUGACUCUUGAUUGUUGCCAAGGUUUGUUCAAGCCGAUGUCAGAAGACUACAUGUUUUCUCCUCUCUAUUUAUAAGACUGACAACCAGUACAUCUGUAGAACAGCGAGAUCUUCAGCUCUCCAUCGAUGCACAUGGGAUUUAUUUACAGGAGGAAAACUGUAGAAUAUCACCAGACUUUUCCUUUAACACAAACUAUAUAUUUAUAGAAUCUGUUGUUACUCAUCACAGGUAAAAGAAAAGUAAAGAAAAGUAAAAAGAUGGUUUGAUUGAUGGAUUUUGGAGGUCCAAAGAAGUCGUAUAUAUAGUAUCCAGUACUUUCUGUUUCUAUCCCUUUAAUUAUCUCGAGACCUCUGAGAUUGAUCUCAGGUCGCCUGCAGGGGUUCCUACCACAGGUUGAGAACCACUGAGUUAUGCAUUAUGCAACAUGUAGUUGCAUUCGAUUUUUUUUAUCACUUUAUGUUACGGGUCUGUAUUUCCUUAAUUAUCUCGCUGUAAUGUAAUUUGGUUCAUAUUAUAGUGAAAUUACUGUAGACAGUGUUUAAUUGGUACACUUUCAAUGUAAUUAAUGCCAUUUAACAAAGAGUCAGUGAACAGCAGGUUAACUUAAUUUGCAACGCGUCUACAGGAAAGCAUAAACUUCCAGUACUAAAUGAUCAAUGAAUAAACAUUAAAGGCUCUGCAGGAUCUGCACCGGCUCCAGAGAGAACCUUUUGGUCGAGCUACAUAGGAAACGAGUGAGGAGAGGGAGCAACGUUAGUUAGAACAAAAGCAGUGAAGCAGAAAUAAAAACUGAUUGAAUCUCAAACACCACAGAAUAAGAAACUACAGACGAGGAUUGCAGGGUUUGUGCAGAUGCAGACGCACACUUGUAGUUGGGUCAUAGAGAGAUUCUGUCUGUAUGAGUCAGUCCUGCAUUGGAUGUCUUUAAAUGGAGCUUUUCUGUCAAGGAAAUUAAUCUGGAAAUCCACAACCGUUUACAAACUGCACACAACUGACUCGACUCAAAUAUCUGUCACUGUUUUAAAAAUAAUAAAUACCAAAUUACACAGUUCCUUCCAGGAAGAUAAUGAGAACAUUAUGGACCAUAAAGUGAAGAGUGACCCUUUGGUUUCUUUGUACACACACACACACACACACACACUGUCACUGGAAGUUUUGCAGUUGAGGAUUAAGAUGUCAUUUGUCUUUAUUUGUGUGAAUGUAAUUUAAGAAGAAAUGUUAACAGCCUUUUAUCGUCUUAUCUUGAAAAAUGUGUUUUAAAUAUGAACAAAUGUUAAAGAAUCUGCUGCAUCUUUUUUUUUUAAAUUCAUGAUCUUGUCCUUGAUGUGCCUGAAGCGCCGCUUGCCUGCUGAAACAUGAGAUACUCGUUCUGUGGUGCAAUAUAUCAAAUAAAUGGGAGGAAUAUUAUUGUAGUCAAACUGUAUUUAGUAUUUAAUCCGUCACAGAUGUUGGAUUACUGGCAGUUUUUUUGAUAUUUCUCAGUACAGUGUGUCUGUGAUUGGUUACACAAACCUUGUGGAGCAUAAAUAAAUAAUCAAAGCAU